AUGAGUGGAGAUCAACUAAUAGCCAAUGACCUCACAGCGUUUUGUGUAGCAUUCGUAGCCAAUAUAUUCUUAAUUUAUCUUAUUUACCGUAAGACGCCAGUUCAUAUGAAAGGUUACUCAAGGAUAUUAUUAGUACAUACGGUACAAGACUUGUACUAUACUAUUCUACAGUUUGUUACUAGUGUGGUAAGACCUAAUUUCGAUUCAUUUUUGUGUUUGACUUUGUUCUAGCCCUAGUUCUAAGCUUCGUCCGGAGCCCUACCUCACAACCCUAGCCUCAAAGCCUUAGUCAAGAGCUCUAGCACAGAGCCUUGGUCCAGAUAUCAAAGCAUAAAGCCCCAGACUAAAGCCCUAACCCGGAGCCCUAGCCCAGAGUCCUAGUCCGGAACCUUAGCACUAGCGAUCAGCCUAGCUUAUGUAAUUUUGAAUCUUUUAGGAGCCAUUUUCAUACCAAGGCAAGCUAGUGAUGGUACUGGCUGGAAUGAUAAAGCACGUUGAUCUAGCCUACAGUUGGAUUCUGUUCUCAGCUGUAUAUCAAUGUGUCAUAAUUGAACUCUUUCUAACUCCGAUUGACUUUAUCUAUCGAUAUUUGACGGUUAGUAAGUAAGUAUAAUAGUUUCUACUAUUUUAUUUUAUUCACCAUGUAAUUGUAGUCAAGAAGUUAAAACAAGACGUUUAGAAACAAAGUAAUAACGAAUAUGCAACUAUAUACCUCAAUCGGCAUUGUUUAUGUGAUCUCAAUAGUUGAAGCGUUUCCCUUGGCAAUAACUGUUGUGAAAUAUGGCCCAACCGACGAUGACAAAGAGACAAUGUUAUUCACUAAGGAACUACAACAACUUCAACCUUACAGUGACUACAUGCCUACGUUUUUGUAUAGUAAUGCAGUAAGCUUUAGGAAGUGGUAGCUAGUAGUACUUUUGAAACUUUUUAAAACUACUACUUUGCCCUCCCUUUGCCCUUCCUUUGCCCUGCCUUUGCCCUGCCAUUUCCCUGCCUUUGCCCUGCCUUUGCCCUGCUUUUGCCUUGUCUUUGGCCUGCCUUUGCCCUGCCUUUGCCUUGCCUUUGCCCUGCGUUUACUCUGCAUUUGCUCUGCUUUUGCUUCGUCUUGCUUUGCCCUUCAUUUCCAUCCCAGCUCAGCUCAGCUUUUUCUAACCCAGUCCACUCCAGCCUACCUCGCUCUUGACUUGCCUUGCGUUGUGUUGUCUUUUCUAACUUGUCCUUUUAAAAAAACUUUUUAAAUUAAAAAAUCGAAAGGUAAAAUGAUAAAAUUGCUAAGCAAAAUGACUCAACAAUAUUGAAAAAAUUUUUAAUUAAAUAAUCCAAAAAUAAUUCAAAUUUGUUUUUCAGGAAACCACAUUAUUUCCAAUUAACGUUGUCACGCAGAUCAUAACAUCCGCUUUUAUUUAUAUAUUAAUCUACUGGCUUUACUUGCAAGUUUGCGUCAGCGUCAAGAUUCAUAUUCUUCAUCACAAAACUUCAAAGGUUGCUCAAACUGAGCAGCAGAUCAAUCGGGUCAUGUUUGUUCAGGUAGGUUUACUGUAUAACUGUUUGUUAGGGGUAGGGCUAGAACUAAGACACGGUAGAAUGAGUUACUGUAGCUUCUUAUCAUAUCUUUAAAAAAAUUUAAAAAAAAAUUUUAAUUUUAAAUUUUCAGUUUUUAAUCCCCUUCCUCGGUAAUUGCCUACCCAUCAUGAUUACCUCAAUGUUCUCUAUACUCAAAAUCGACUGUGUAAUGCUUGGAAUGUACAAUCGAGUAGUAUGCGCGUGGUUAACAGCUAUCAAGCCAUUGUUCACCAUAUGUUUAAUUCCAUCAUAUCGAAAUCAGAUAUACAAAACUAAAAAAUCGUCGGUUUUUGCGACGACUGUGGCUACUGCGAGGAUUAACGGCAAAUAA